GGCCCCCGGCGCUGAGGCGGCUGACGGGAGGAGGAUCGCCUCGGUGCCGCCGCUCCCCUUCUCCUCACGCAGCGCAGGCACCAUGAGUCUGUGCUCUGUGUCGGUGCUGAGGGCUCUUCUAAAGCAUGGCACCAGCCAUGCUGGGCCGUGUGGUGGUCGUACAAGAGCCCCCAUUUCCAGCGUGCAUCAGGCAGAAGGGCUUCGUGACGGAGAAUUUCUGUCACAAACUACAAAUCAGGCAUGCCUCAUCUGUAAAACGCGUUCAUUAAGAGCUCAUGAUUUUCUCUCCCCUGUAAUCGCACCUCAGGGGCUUGAGGAUGCAGCACAAGCGGUGCUGCAGAAUUGGGAGUACCUCGGGGGGACGGUGACAUACGUUGGUGGCCUUUGAAGUGUGCUGCACGCAGUGUGAGGUAGGGACAUGCUGCAAGAAUCAAUAAACCAUGGAAAUCCCACAGUUAUGAAACCUCAGUUGGAUGCUGAUAACUAUGAGACUGAUCCAUGUCUGAAAGAGAUUCGGAAAGCAGAAAAUUAUUCUUGGAUGGAUAUAAUAACUAUACAUAAAGACAAGCUUCCAAAUUAUGAAGAAAAGAUAAAAACAUUUUAUGAAGAACAUUUACACCUAGACGAUGAAAUUCGCUACAUCUUAGAUGGAUCUGGCUAUUUUGACGUCCGAGACAAGGAUGACAAAUGGAUCCGAAUUUCCAUGGAGAAAGGAGACAUGAUAACCCUCCCUGCUGGCAUAUAUCACCGAUUUACACUGGAUGAGAAUAAUUACGUGAAGGCAAUGAGGCUAUUCGUUGGAGAACCAGUCUGGACAGCAUACAACAGACCAGCUGAUGAUUUUCCUGCUCGGAAACAGUAUAUGAAGUUUUUGACUGGAGAAGCCCGGUAACGGUGUCUGCAACCUGACAGGUGGAGCAGCCUGAAGCCAAUCGGAAUAAACAUGACUGGUGUUUCUUCAACGACUACACUACUGGUUGGAUAUACAUUGGAACCACAAAAUCUUAGACAAAUUUAGGCUGAAAGGUCAUCUGGAGAUUGUUAUCUCACCCUGAGAAGAAUCUGGCUUUGGCUUCUCUGCAGUCUCUUCUCUAGUGCCAAAAUGCAAUUAGGUCUUCCCUUUGUUUGUCUACCCUGGAGAAGACUAGUGUCCCAAACAGGACUUUUGGCAGUCCAAGUUGUUAGUGAUGACAUCAAACAUGAUUUGUCUGGCUCUGACUACUGAGGAAUGUCACCUGUAGCCAGGACUUGUAGUUAGACAGGAACAACUGGCUAUUCCUAGCCUGAUGGUCCACAAGUUUUUCACCUACUUCGUAGCUCAUAUUCUCAUCUGAGUAUAACGCUACUGUGGGAAACUGUAUACAAGGUAACUGCCAUCCACUGUUUCCCCUUUGACACAGAGCCAGUUAUUGCCUCCUAGAUGGCAGUCAAGCUAGAAUGUGCCUUUGGUAAAUUGGUGUUGAUCAUCUUUUCCCAUUUCCUUAUACUUCGUGUGCCUGGAAUGGUUUCUGCAAUGGCUUAUUCCAUAGUUUGCUGAAGUAAGGCUGGCUAGCCUCUAGCUCCCCAGAUCCUCUUUCUCUCCUUUCUCAAGAUGUCUGUAACAUUUGCCUUUUUCUGGCCUAAAAGAUUUCCACGGUCUCUCUGAUGAUGGCAGCCUUCCGGUAACGUUAGCUGGAUGCAUUUACAGUAGCUCAGGAAUCCAUUUCCUAACCUUUUUUUUUUCCUGAUGUUUUUGGCAGGUAGAGGUGGGCUACAUUAAUAUUCAUUCUGCUCCGAAUCCAUGCUAAUGAGCUAUGUAGGAUUCUGGUUUUAAUUAAAGAAAAUAAACCCAACUUAAUUCUUGUCUAAAAAUGUUCAUAAGAUAAAUUUGCAUAAUCGGCAUUUUAGUAUGCAGCUUCCCUAGCUCUGGCCUGGUACGUAAAGCUUUGGUUUUCUCUUGGCAAAAUGUAGCGAUAUGCUCCCAUGAGUCAUUAAUAAAAUUAAUUUGACUUCA